AUGAUGUCUAGCAGGAGAUCGCAGGGAUGCUGCUGCUUGUCCCAUUUCAACAAGGACAAUGGCAGAUUCCUCCUCUUAGCGGUCCUGAUCGCAGUUUAUCUGGCAGCUGGAGCUACGGUGUUCUCAGCCCUCGAGAGGCCGUCCGAAGUCGAGGCUCAGCGUCGCUGGAGCAGGACCCUCCAAAACUUCAGCCAAAUAUUCAACAUCAGUAUGCCUGAGCUAAGGGACUUCUUGCGGAGUUAUGAAGCAGCCAUGGCCGCGGGCAUCCGGGCAGAUGCACUAAGACCAAGAUGGGACUUCACUGGGGCUUUCUAUUUUGUGGGGACAGUAGUGUCAACUAUAGGUUUUGGAAUGACCACACCUGCAACAGUGGCUGGAAAAGUGUUCCUCAUAAUUUAUGGCCUAUUCGGGUGUGCUGGGACUAUCCUUUUCUUCAACCUGUUCCUGGAGCGUAUUAUCUCUCUCCUGGCUUUUAUCAUGAAGGCUUGUCGUGAGCGGCAGCUGCGAAGAAGUGGUCUUCUACCCCCUAACUUUCGAAGGGGAUCAGCUAUCUCUGAAGUGGACAGCCUUGCUGGAUGGAAACCAUCAGUUUAUCACGUGAUGCUGAUUCUGGGAAUUUUUGCCGUUACACUGGCUUGCUGUGCCUCAGCAAUGUACACAGCAGUGGAAGGAUGGAACUACAUUGACUCCUUAUACUAUUGUUUUGUCACCUUCAGCACCAUUGGCUUUGGAGAUUUGGUAAGCAGUCAAAAUGCAGUGUACCAAAAUCAGAGAUUAUACAGAUUUGGAAACUUCAUGUUUAUAUUAAUGGGUGUAUCUUGCAUAUACUCCCUUUUUAAUGUCAUAUCAAUUGUAAUCAAGCAAGUUUUAAACUGGCUGUUGAAAAAGUUUGGAUGCAGGUGUUGCUCAAAGUGCCAUAAAUCAAGUGCCCGCCUUGGUCGUCGCAAUGCCAUCACCCCAGGAAGCCGCUUCCGUAGGCAUAACAUCUCUGUGGAAACCGAUGGACAGUAUGACAGUGACACAGAGGGGAGGAGGCUUUCUGGUGAAAUGAUUUCAAUGAAGGAGCUCACAGCAUCAAACAAAGUCUCCCUGGCCAUUUUGCAAAAGCAGCUGUCCGAGAUGGCCAAUGGGUACCCUAGAAACGUCAGUAUGAACAGCAGACAAAAUGGCUUCUCUGCAGGCAUUGGUGCACUAGCUAUCAUGAACAAUAGGUUGGUAGAAACAAGUGAUUCUAGGUAG